ACAGUGAGUGGCAUUAACUGGUAAGGGAAAAAAAGCAGUGGGAUAUGGGAAAGCGCGAAUGAAAGCUGGGCUCGCAAAUUCUGAUUAUCCUCAUCUCACACAGUCUUCUAAUAAGACGAAAAUCAAUCACCAAAUGCCCCAACCAACCAUAACUCAAUUCUCCAAUCACAUGUAAUAACCAAAACCCUUUUCUCAACGUUCAUAGCCAAUUUGGUAAUCUCAUCUUGCCAUGGCGUUGAGAACCGCCGGCACAAAACUCUCCUUCGAGGUUCUCCGCCGAACUCCACUCGAUGAAGAAGAAGUCUCUCUUUUACACCGUUCCAAAUCCGAUCUAACAACUCUACCCGAUCGCAAGAAGCGCAAAAACCGAGCAUCCAAGAGGAAAAAGAAGCUUCUCGAUCCCGUAGAUUCCGUCGCUAAUUCCGACGAUCCGCACCGGAUUACUGAAGCUCCGCUCACAAACGGACGAUCAUGUAACGGUUUCGAGCUCCACGCUAUGAGUUACUGCGCUACCGGAGGAUGCGUCGUGUGCGAGGAAGCGACUGAAGCGAGCGUCUGUGCCGUUACUUCGGCGCCUGAGGGAGGUUCUGCGUUUCCGACGAGCGUGCGUGGUGGCGUAGAAGGGUUUAAUUUCGGUGAAUUGAGGCAGAGGAAUGUGAAUGGUGGAAGUACUGAGGAUUUAGCUGCUUCGGUGGUUGGCGAUGACGGUGGGAUUGAGAAGGACAAUUUUAGCGGUGGGAUCGAGAAGGACAAUUGUAGCGAUGGGAUUGGGAAGGAAGAUUGUAGUGUUAAAGCGAGUCCGGUGGAGAAACCGAUAAACGUAUCUGAAAGGAGCGUCCUUACGAAAUCGGAAACGGUUGAAUCGGUGGAGUGGAAGCGGAUCAUGGCAGAAGAUCCGAAUUAUGUGUUCACAGUAGAUAAGUCUCCUGUAGCAUACUUCUUGGAGGAAAUGUACAAUGGAAAUUCGUUACGGAGUACUACUACUCUUGGCAAUGAAAUAGAACGAGAGAGAGUUUAUGACACUAUCUUCCGCUUGCCAUGGAGAUGCGAAUGGCUUAUAGAUGUUGGCUUCUUUGUCUGCUUCGAUUCAUUUCUUUCAUUAUUAACUAUUAUGCCAACGAGGAUCUUGAUGACCAUUUGGAGGAUUCUUAAGACAAGACAGUUCAAGAGGCUCUCUACAAUGGAAUUGUCAGAUUUUGGCUGUUUUGUUAUUAUGAGUUGCGGAGUGGUUCUUUUGCAGCGAACAGAUAUCAGCUUAAUAUAUCAUAUGAUCCGCGGUCAAGGAACAAUAAAAUUGUAUGUGGUGUACAAUGUUUUAGAGAUAUUUGAUAAAUUGUGCCAAAGUUUUAAUGGGGAUGUGUUGCAAACAUCAUUUCAUUCUGCUGAAGGACUAGCAAGUUGCCCUCCAGAAAAUAUGAGAUUCUGGCUUUGGAAAUUUGUUUGUGACCAAGCUUUAGCUGUGGUAGCUUCAAUUGUUCAUUCUUUUAUUUUAUUAGCUCAGGCAAUCACAUUAUCAACCUGUAUAGUUUCUCACAACAACGCAUUGUUAGCUUUGCUGGUGUCAAAUAAUUUUGCUGAGAUUAAAAGCAAUGUGUUUAAGCGAUACAGCAAGGAUAAUGUUCACAGUUUGGUUUACUUUGAUUCUGUGGAGAGAUUUCAUAUUUCAGCAUUUAUCUUAUUUGUUUUGGCUCAAAAUAUUCUCGAGGCAGAGGGUCCGUGGUUUGAAAGCUUUCUCACUAAUAUCCUCUUGGUUUAUGUAUGUGAAAUGACUAUUGAUAUUAUCAAGCAUUCAUUCAUUGCUAAAUUCAAUGACAUUAAGCCCAUUGCAUACUCUGAGUUCCUUGAAGACCUAUGUAAACAGACUCUAAAUUUGCAAACUGAGGGUGUAAAGAAAAACCUAACCUUUGUCCCCCUUGCUCCGGCGUGUGUGGUUAUUCGAGUGCUAACCCCAGUAUUUGCUGCAAACAUUCCUCAAAAUCCUCUUCCGUGGAGAAUUUUCUGGAUUCUGCUUUUUUUAGCAAUGACCUAUGUUAUGCUCACAAGCCUCAAGGUUCUCAUGGGCAUGGGCCUACAGAAACAUGCCACUUGGUAUAUUAAUCGUUGCCGAAAGAGGAAGCACCACCUUCAUGCAGAUUAGUUUAUGAGGCCAAGUAUUGCUGUCAUGUGUUAGUGUGCUUUGCUGCCUAAGGAAUCCUCCACUUUUGCCCAAAGAACGUAUACAUGCCUGGAGAUUUUUCUGAAAUGCCUCAACUCUCGAAUCAUCAUUAGUGAAUGGCACAUAUGAGAACAACUUUAUAUAGGCCUGUUGGUUUAUACUUGAAGGCAAGCCUCGAGAUGGUUUCUCCUUCCAAUUUUGAUAGCAAGAUAUAGUUUGAUGAUUAUACAAUAAGAAUAGAAAUUUAUAGGCUGCAUAGUUGUCAUGGGUUGUAAGCCCUUCCCAGUCUAUUAUACUUGAAAAGAACACAUCAUAUUUUUCAUUUUAUUGAAAAAAAUACUUCCCAUUCUCCUUAAAUCCU